AUGUCGCUGACAACGAAGAAACGUUUUGUGAUGAAGCAGGCCAAAAGUGAAUUAUUUUUGCCGAAGGAGAAUGAGAAGAUAGCCUGUGUUCUUGGGAGUCCCGGACGGAAUCUACAUGAGGUAGAAGAUGAACUGGGUGAGAAAUAUUUGGCAAGCAUGCCGAGGAAAUUCAGAGAAACAAUCUACAUUAAACGUGGCAAUUUUUUGUUUGUGACACCAAUUGAGGAGGGUGUAAAAGUUAAAGCAGAAAUUACGCAAAUUCUGGAUGACGAGAAUAUACUUUACCUCAGAGAAAGAAGAGCGUGGCCGGAAAGAUUCGAAAUAUACGCAAGUAGUAUUACUCGUGAGGCGAAACGCGGUGUAUCUGCAAAUGGCAUCAGAAAGCAUGAUGUGAUCGAUGAUGAUAUGCUGCCGUCUAGCGAUACGGAUGAAGGUACCGAAGAGGAAAGUGAGGAUGGAACAGAUGAAGAAAAUGAGGAGAACAUCAACGAUUUAGUCGAUCUAACAGGUUUUUUUUUCUAA